GGUCACAUUGUCUUUGAGCACCGAUUUUCGUUGCAGGAGCAAACGGAAGCAGAUGGUCACACUUCAGAAGAUGGGAAACAUUUGAAACUAAAACGUAUCAAGAAGUACCAGUCUCCAUUGAAGCAGUAUCUUUCUAGUAUUCUAAAGGUAAAAUUUGAUUUCAUAUUCCUUUUUCAGUUUGCCAACGAGGUUCAAUCUCCCGAAGUAAUUAUUUCGACGCUCAAAGCGAUUCGCCGAGUUGUUUGCUUAAUAUAUUGCCUAAACGGUUUUUGUGGUUCCCACUUCAUGCGCACACAUUUUUGUAAAAUUUUCGAGGUGACCGUUAUCUCGCAGACGAUAAUUUUGCCACGUAUCUUUCCGCUUUUUAAUAAUUUAACUUUGCAAUGCCGUGUAGCAGCUUACGUUUGCAUGAUGCAGCUUGUGAAAUCUCACCCGGAACAUUUUGUUAGUCUAUACAAGAACUGUUAUCUUGGUUUUGUCACAAAUUCACGUGAAGUUACUGCUGAAACCUGGCCUCUUCUGCAUUUUAUGCACAGAACGUUCGCUGAAUUGACCGUGCUGCAUCCAAACUUGGCAUAUCCAUAUGCGUUCGUGUACAUCAGACAGAUUGCCAUCCACCUGAGGAAUGCAAUCAUUUCGAAAAAGCGAAAGGAUAUGGUCCAAGCAGUAUACAACUGGCAAAUGAUGCAAUGUUUGUACCUGUGGGUCCGAGUUGUAUCGAAGGCCCAUGCUGUUCACGACUGCGAAGCAAUUUGCGAACUCGCAUAUCCUCUCACGCAGUUGAUUUACGGAGUGCUGAAGCUGUAUCACUCUCUUCGACACAUUCCAUUACGACUGCACUGCAUUUCUCUACUUAUCCAACUGCAAGCGAAUUGUGGGACUUACGUGCCAACACUGACAUUAGCCACAGAGAAACCGAAAUCGCUCAAAGAUGCGAAAGUAGUCGAUAUGGAGUGUACGCUGAAGGUGUGUGUCGGUGCUCCCAUGCUUGACAUCAGCGUCUGGCGAAGUGCUUUAUGCGAUCAUUUGUUCCGAGUGACUCUACAGGCUGCUCAUCUAAUUUGUUCGCAACCAAGCUUCCCAGACGUUAUUGUUCCUAUUACCCACAGAAUUCGAUCAGUUGAAUUCGCACGUUGCUUCCGAUCUCUACUCGAGAAACUCGAAGAGCACGCGAAAUUUGUGGCAGACAUUCUUCUUACGAAAGAAUUCAGUAUCAGAGACGAUAUGUCUCUGAAACUGGCACUCAACGAUCCCUCCUCUCCACUACGUGUCUUUUAUCGACAAUGGGAGAAAACGUGGCGUUUGAAGGAAGGCCGCCAAGCAAGUAGCCACUCAAAAGAAGCAGCAGAAGAAGAAGCAGAAAUCCGAAAAAGUAUCUAUUUUGCCUUACAACUUGUCGAACCCUUUUUGAUAUUUACGGAGAAGGUGAAAGAAAAGCCUAACAAGAAGAAGCGGAAGUCAACGGCAGCAGCGGACCGAGCUGACGAAACGAUACCAGACCAGCUUCUAGAAGAUCUUGGAAAUUGGAGUGAUAGCAACUAA